CCCCUAGUCCGCCUGGGUCACCUUGCCCCCGGUCCGCUGUGGGGCCUUGCGCGUGUCCCGCGCCCUGGCGCAGUGGUGGGGCCGUGUGGGUCUUCCGGGUGGCGGCGACUGGGUGUGUGCUUGUCGGGACCCAGACUGCCGGGGAGGAAGGGAAGAGAAAGGAAAGAGGGGUCGCUGGGGUGAGGCGGGUGAGGCGGGUGAGGCGGCUGGUCACACGUGCGGGAAGACGAGGAAGUCCUCUCGGUCUGUCCUCUGUGCCUUUUGGCCUUUCGGAGAUCCGAGGCACCUUUGACGCCCUGCCCUCAGGCAGGUGGACCACAGGUGGAAGGGUUGAGGCCAGAAGGUAGCCCUGCUGAAGCGACUUUAAGGAAGGCUGAGUAGAGAAACCAGUGAGUAGUACCGGAAGCUGGCGGUGACUAGAUUUUCAGUGACACAGCAAAUUUAGGGAAACUUGGCAAAUUUGUUUUGUGCUUGAUGAACUCUAGGGCUGACUGCACAAACUUAAGAAUGUCAUACCCAGGCUAUCCUCCUAAAGGCUACCCACCUUUCCCUGGAUAUCCUCCUGCAGGUCAGGAAUCAUCUUUUCCCCCUCCAGGCCAGUAUCCUUAUCCUAGCGGCUUUCCUCCAAUGGGAGGAGGUGCUUACCCACAAGUGCCAAGUAGUGCCUACCCAGGAGCUGGAGGCUACCCUGCACCUGGAGGUUAUCCAGCCCCUGGAGGCUAUCCUGGUGCCCCACAGCCAGGGGGAGCACCAUCCUAUCCUGGAGUUCCUCCAGGCCAAGGAUUUGGAGUCCCUCCAGGUGGAGCAGGCUUUUCUGGCUAUCCACAGCCACCCUCACAGUCUUAUGGUGGUGGUCCAACACAGGUCCCACUACCUGGUGGCUUUCCUGGAGGACAGUAUCCUGGAGGACAAGCUCCUUACCCUAGUCAGAUCAAUACAGAGUCCUUUCCUUCCUGUCCUGUUUUCUCUCCUGUUUCUUUGGAUUAUAGCAGUGAACCUGCUGCAAUGACUCAGGGCACUCAAGGAACAAUCAGACCAGCUGCCAACUUUGAUGCUAUGAGAGAUGCAGAAAUUCUCCGUAAAGCAAUGAAGGGUUUUGGGACAGACGAGCAAGCAAUUGUGGAUGUUGUGGCCAACCGUUCCAGUGAUCAGAGGCAAAAAAUUAAAGCAGCUUUUAAGACCAUGUAUGGCAAGGACUUAAUGAAAGAUCUCAAAUCAGAGUUAAGUGGAAAUAUGGAAGAAUUAAUCCUUGCCCUGUUCAUGCCAUCUACAUAUUAUGAUGCCUGGAGUUUACGGAAUGCAAUGCAGGGAGCAGGAACUCAGGAACGUGUAUUGAUUGAGAUUUUGUGCACAAGAACAAAUCAGGAAAUCCGAGAAAUCGUCAGAUGUUAUCAAUCAGAGUUUGGACGAGAUCUUGAAAAAGACGUUAGGUCAGAUACAUCGGGGCAUUUUGAACGUUUACUUGUAUCUAUGUGCCAGGGAAACCGUGAUGAGAACCAGAGUGUAAACCACCAGAUGGCUCAGGAAGAUGCUCAGCGACUCUAUCAAGCUGGUGAAGGAAGGCUAGGGACAGAUGAAUCUUGCUUUAACAUGAUCCUUGCCACAAGAAGCUUUCCUCAGCUGAAAGCUACCAUGGAGGCUUAUUCUAGGAUGGCUAACCGAGAUUUGUUAAGCAGUGUGGGCCGUGAAUUUUCCGGAUAUGUUGAAAGUGGUUUGAAGGCCAUCUUGCAGUGUGCCCUGAACCGUCCUGCUUUCUUUGCUGAGAGGCUCUACUAUUCCAUGAAAGGUGCUGGCACAGAUGACUCCACCCUGAUCAGGAUUGUGGUCACUCGAAGUGAGAUUGAUCUUGUGCAGAUAAAACAGAUGUUUACUCAGAUGUAUCAGAAGACGCUGGGCACAAUGAUUUCAAGUGACACAAGUGGAGAUUAUCGAAGGCUUCUUUUGGCCAUUGUGGGCCAGUAGGAAGGAUGUUGUUUUUUCUUUUUUUUUUUCCACAUGAGUGAAGCUAUUCAUAGCUUAUCCUUCAAAGCAGUGACUGACCUGCAUGCAGCAGUAUCAACCAUCACCUAACUGAAAAAGCUUUUUACUAAGGACUGUGUCAGGGUAAUGUGCUUGGUUUGCACAUGUUGUUAUUGCCUUAAUUCUAAUGUUUUUUUGUUCUCUUUAUACAAUCAGUAUAAGGCUAUAUGACAGUGAUGUAGUAAUAUCACAAUGUUUGUAAAGCUUCAUUCUCACUAAUCUUGUUCUAAUCAGGAUGUUAAAUUGAAUAAAAGUAACAACAAUCUCUAA